AUGGCGCAAGCGAACAGUACUGGAGUGCAAUGGCUAUCGAACGCGGAGAAACGCGCUAUCCGCAAUGUCCUUCCAUCGCAGGCAUACAAGAUCAUGGCCGCGGCGCAUGUGAAGCUGUACCACGCCCGGUUCACAUCGCUGGACUGGAGUUACAGCGGUCACCAAGGGGUACUUGUAUUCGGGCGAAAUCGCCGACCGCCAGAGGUGGAGGACAGGAGGGAAGCGGAGGAAGAGAAGUAUUGGUUCAAGAUGAUUGAUCCGCACAAGGAGAGGGAAACCUGGAGGCACGGGAUCCCUCGACUCUUCGACUAUAAGCAAGAAACACCUUUCUGGCACACGUUCGGAGGAGAGAGCCGCACGUAUGGCCUCCGAUUUGAGGAGGACGAAGAAGGAUCGACGUUCUUCCGCAAAGUCACCACGCGCGUCUAUCCUGAUGACGCACAGGCCGCCACCAUCUUGCGUUCCAGGCGACGACAAAAGAUCCAUAUCACAUCGGACGACAUUUCGAGCCCGAUUCCCGGCACGUUCCAGCAUAUUGUGCACAUGGGACCCGAUGGAAAGGGUUUCGCGCAGCCGCUUCAGUCUUUCGAUCCCCGUCUCAUUGACGGGCUACGGAGACAAGGUGUUAGCGAGAAAGUAUUGACAAAAAGUAUGCAUUUCAUACAGGACUUUGUGAGCGACUGCUCGCGGAGUACUAGCGAGGCAUCUCGGUUGACUCAGAGCAGCACUUGA